AGUGGAAGCGACAGACAUGGCUGACAACAUGGAACUCAAGUCCAGGAGGGGAAACCAGGAGUCCAGUAAUAUCACUGUUUCGGAAGGAGGGCUCGGAUGCUGCGGCUGGUUUUUGGUCAUUUUGUCCUUCUUCUUCACGAUCCUCACCUUCCCCAUAUCAAUAUGGAUGUGCAUAAAGAUUGUAAAGGAAUACGAGCGAGCUAUCAUUUUCAGACUUGGACGAAUCCUCCGCGGAGGAGCAAAGGGACCAGGUCUGUUCUUUGUUCUCCCCUGCACCGAUAGCUUCAUCAAGGUGGACAUUAGAACCAUUUCAUUUGACAUCCCUCCCCAAGAGAUCCUGACAAAGGACUCUGUCACCGUUAGCGUGGAUGGUGUUGUCUACUACCGAGUCAAUAAUGCUACACUGGCAGUGGCAAAUAUCACCAACGCAGACUCUGCCACCCGUCUCCUGGCUCAGACCACUUUGAGAAACGUCUUGGGGACCAAAAACCUGUCCCAAAUCCUCUCUGAUAGAGAAGAGAUUGCCCAUAACAUGCAGGCCACCCUGGAUCUUGCAACAGACGACUGGGGUAUCAAGGUGGAGCGAGUAGAGAUUAAGGACGUGAAGCUACCCAUUCAGUUGCAGAGAGCGAUGGCGGCAGAAGCAGAGGCUGCAAGGGAAGCCCGAGCCAAGGUCAUAGCAGCAGAGGGUGAGAUGAACGCAUCCCGUGCCCUGAAAGAAGCCUCCCUGGUCAUCUCGGAAUCUCCAUCUGCCCUUCAGCUGCGCUACCUGCAAACGCUGACCACCAUCGCCUCCGAGAAGAACUCAACCAUUGUCUUCCCACUGCCCAUUGACCUGCUCAACGGACUGAUGAAUAAAUAGAUCCUGUCUCAUUAGUCUGAGGCUUUUAAUGAACCGCCAACUGUAAUUAAAUGUGAUCAUUUCCUCUUCUCAUCGAGUCUGGUUCUCUGAAACCAGGUUCCAUGUCCCAAAAUGAUUUCAAAUACAUUUGGAUUUUAAUUAAUGGGUCCUUAACCCUUUCAAAGCUGUUUGUGAAUCAAUGAAUAUAAUAAAUAGACGCUCACAGGUUUUAUCCCAUUUCUCUGUUACUCACCGGGGGGGUCACUAAGCAGUUUGGUAACAUGCUAUUUAGGGGUGCAAGAGUCAGAAACCCCCCAGUACUAUGGAGGAACUACAACUAUGUGUGUGUAAAAGCAGAAAGCUACUUCAUUAUAAAAUAGUGUAAUUAUUUCUUGUACAGGAUAUAACUCUGGAGCAAAGGAAGAAAUUACAAUUAAGGUGUGAAUGUUUAUAGAUUUCUGGGAGCAGAUUACCAUGUAAAUAAGCUUCACUAGAUCUGCACCAAGUUCUCUUACACAAGUUCUACUUUGCACUCUCAGUCGGCACAGUCGUGUGUGUUACUUUAAUUUAGGAAUUGUUUUGUUUUUAAUGAAUUGCACUAUAUUUUUGUAUCAUUGAACCAAAUAAAUACUCUCUUUAACUG